GUUCACUGGCAACACGACUUUUUGGUUGUUUAGGGUCCCCUGAACAUAUCUUGUGCAGUGGCUUGCUUUCAACAAGAAAUUCCCACGGUAGUACAAACGCUGCCAAACUAAAAAGGGCCCUGCGACUUUGCGAGAGCAUUCACCUAUCACGGGUUUACCCAUGUAAUCAACGACUUUAGUAAACGUAAGAUGAGCGAAGUGACAUGGUGCAACAAAGCUAAAAACGAUGUGAGCUUCAUAUAGAGUUACACAGACGAAGCCUGGGUACUAGUUGCGUUUUGAAAAACCUAAAGUUCAUCAUGGCUGACGACAGGGAAGGAGAAAAUGGGAAAAUAAAUGUUGUUGUAAAAACUUCAAAGAACAAAGAAACCAUUGAAACAGAGGCAACUGCAACUAUACUGAAGUUCAAAGAACUGGUCUCCAUCAAAUUCAAUGCUCCAGUACAUCAGUUGUGUCUUAUUUUCGCCGGUCGAAUUUUGAAAGAUGGGGAUACACUGGCUUCUUAUUCAAUAAAAGACGGCUUUACGGUUCAUCUUGUUAUCAAGUCGGAUAACAGGGCACAGCAACAGGCUGCCCAACAUGCCAGUGGUCAACAACAGUCUCCAUCAAGUACACCUGUAACUUCACCUGCAAGCAACCCGACGUCCCAAUCAGUUCCUUCAUUUCAGUCUGGGUUAGAUGGAAUAGGAGGAUUUGACAUGCUUGGAAACUCAGGCAACAUCCACCAAAUGUCACAACAGCUCAUGUCCAACCCAGAGAUGCUAAGACAAAUGAUGGACAACCCAAUGGUACAGAGCAUGAUGUCAAAUCCUGAUCUUAUUAGGCAGAUGAUUCUAAGUAACCCACAAAUGCAACAAAUUAUUGAGAGGAAUCCUGAAAUCUCUCACAUUUUAAACAACCCAGAUUUGAUGAGACAGACAAUGGAGAUGGUGCGAAACCCUUCUGUGAUGCAGGAGAUGAUGAGGACACAUGAUAGGGCACUAAGCAACUUAGAGAGUUUACCAGGAGGUUUUAAUGCUCUGCAACGAAUGUAUACAGACAUACAAGAGCCUAUGCUAAAUGCUACACAAGAACAGCGUGCACAGAAUAAUCCGUUUGCAGCAUUAUUUGGUGGAACAUCAGCCUCUGGUGUUACAUCAAAUCAAUCUUCAAACCCUCAACAAGGAACAGAAAACACCUCUCCUCUUCCAAACCCAUGGUCUGCUACACCUCAACCAAGUCAACCACUAGUGCCUCAGACAUCUACACCUUCUAGUGCUUCUAUGGCUACUACUACUCCUGUGUCCAGUGUUGGUAACAAUUCAAGCCCUAACCCAUCUCAACAAGAAAACACCAUGACAAGCAUGUUCCAGACACCAGCCAUGCAGUCCUUGAUGCAGCAAAUGACCAGUAACCCAGCCUUGUUUCAAAACAUGAUGCAGAGUCCUUACAUGCAUGACAUGAUGGAACGCAUGCUACAGAAUCCUGAACUCAUGGCUUCUAUGAUUAGAUCAAAUCCAAUGUUUCAAGGAAAUAGCCAGCUAGCAGAUCAGGUUGCAUCAAGACUUCCAGAAUUUAUGCAGCAGAUGCAAAAUCCGGAUUUCCAGCAAGCCAUGACUAACCCUAGAGUGAUGCAAGCCUUGAUGCAAAUACAACAGGGGAUGAUGCAGCUACAAGCAGAGGCACCAGGCCUAGUACCAGGAGUGGGCCUUACUGGUGGCUCCUCUCCCGCAAUGAGCACAAGUUCAACCACUUCUCCAGGCAACAACAUGACCACACCUACAUCGCAGACAUCAGGAACACAAGGUGAGACACAAAGGCCAAAUGCUGGAGGUACUCCGGGAACCACUGAAGGGGUUCCUCAGGGAAACCCUAUGGCGCAGUUCAUGUCCCAAAUGAUGCGGCAAGCAAUGACUCAGACUCAAAAUCCUGAGGUCGCCUACCGCGCGCAACUGGAACAGUUGGCUCAGAUGGGAUUUGUAGACCGGGCUCGGAAUAUCCAAGCUUUAGUUGCAACUGGCGGCGACUUAAAUGCUGCAAUUGAAAGACUGCUACAAUGAAGACGGAUUCAAAUAUAUUACUAACCUAUGGAGGAAAAAAACUGUCAGAAUUAGAGAUGAAAAGGGGCAUACUUUUUCCUUUCUGUGCCUUAUAAACAGUGUAAAACAAAUAAACCGCGCCGGUACUGUGCCAGCUAGCAAAAAGUAUGGGAACUAAUCAGCAGUAAUAGAAUGGAAAAUCGUUUUGUGGAAUAGCUGUCUUAUAAUACAUGUUACUUAGGCAUCACACAAUACAAAUGUGCUAGACUAGCUUAACCUUA